CAAACUCGAAAUCGACCUGUAUUUCUUACACCAAGUUUGUCACCAUGGGUCUAGCUGUCCUGCCGCCAGAUCCUGAGGAGGAUGUACCUCAGGGCUCGACAUACGAUGAUAGUCCGAGCGACAGUGACACUUCGAUGCACGAAGACGGCCGGCCAUCAAAACGUAUGCGGUUCUCUCCAUCAAGUUCCAGGCAGAUAGUACUGCCUGGUGAAACUGUCACGGAUGAGACACAAUGGAUGAGAGGCCACGGCACCUACAUGACCGACGGCUCAACCAUUAUUACUGCUACGCUUGCAGGCCCCCUGCGAAAAACAAAUAAGCUGCUAUCAGUCGCACCAUUGCGAGCAAGAUAUACUCCCGAGAUCGGUGACUUGGUAGUCGGGCGCAUUGUAGAAGUCCAGAAGAAUCGGUGGAAAGUGGAUGUCGCAGCACCCCUGCUCGCGCAAUUACCUCUAUCCUCCAUCAACCUGCCAGGCGGUGUUUUGCGCCGACGAACAACAGCCGAUGAACUGCAGAUGCGUAACUACUUCCAAGAGGGAGAUCUAUUGGUCGCCGAAGUGCAACAGAUUGGAAGUAGCGACGGGACUGCAAGUUUGCAUACUCGAAGCUUGAAAUAUGGAAAGCUGCGCAACGGAACGUUUCUCGCCGUGUCAGGUACCGGUGGAGGAGGUGGUGUUGUUCGCAGUAGAAGACAGGUCUUCACGAUCAACAGUGGUGCGCAAGGUGGAGGCGAUGUGGAUGUCAUACUCGGAGUGAAUGGAUACAUCUGGCUGAGCAAGCACAUCGAACAGGCCGACGACCAAGGUAGAAUGAGCGGAGGCGUCAGUAUCUCCAAUCUCGAUGAGCAUGUCAGCAGCGCCAUCUAUUCGAGCCAGAACGAUACUAUCGAAGAGGGCACCAGAAAGGAAAUCGCUCGCAUCUCGGAGUGUAUCAGAAUCUUAGCCGAGGAUGGUGUUAGAGUGGACGAGGAUAGCGUCGUCAAGGCUUAUGAGGCUGCUGUCGAUGCUGAUAUGAGUGUGAUGGAUCAAGAUGCGGCACGCACGCGGAUGGCUGAUGAAGUGAGAAGAAGGAUUGUGGAUGCCGCCCUCCAUUGAGAUGAAAAUGUGUUGCGGAACUAAAUAAACAAGCGGACGCUCAGUGCUGAAAACUCGUCGAUGUGCACUCUUGUCGACCGCGGAACUCGUGCUUACGUGGAAGGGGCUGUCUCACAAG